GAUGUGCAACAGAAUGAAAAUAUAUAAAUGCCUGGAGUGUGGCAAAAGCUUCAGUCGCAGUUCCACUCUUACCUCCCACCGAAGAAUUCACACUGGAGAGAAACCCUAUAAAUGCCUGGAGUGUGGGAAAAGCUUCAGUUGCAGUUCCACUCUUACUUCCCACAGAAGAAUUCACACAGGGGAAAAACCGUAUACAUGCCUGGAGUGCGGAAAAAGCUUCACUACCAGUUCACACCUUAGUGUCCAUCAGAAAAUUCACACUGGAGAGAAACCCUAUAAAUGUCUGGAAUGUGGGAAAAGCUUCAGUCGCAGUUCCAUUCUUACUUCCCAUCGAAGAUUUCACACAGGGGAAAAACCAUAUAUAUGCCUGGAGUGCGGAAAAAGCUUCACUAAGAGUUUCAGCCUUACCUCCCACCGAAGAAUUCACACAGGGGAAAAACCAUAUACAUGCCUAGAGUAGAAACACUUUAAAUGCCUGGAGUGUGGGAAAAGCUUCAGUCGCAAUUCCACUCUUACUUCUCACCGAAGAAUUCACACAGGGGAAAAACCGUAUACAUGUCUGGAGUGUGGGAAAAGCUUCACUAAGAGUUUCAGUCUUACUUCCCACCAAAGAAUUCACACAGGGGAAAAACCGUAUACAUGCCUGGAGUGUGGAAAAAGCUUCACUGACAGUUCCAGUCUUACUUCCCACCGAAGAAUUCACACAGGGGAAAAACCGUAUACAUGCCUGGAGUGUGGGAAAAGCUUCACUGACAGUUCCACUCUUACUUCCCACCGAAGAAUUCACACAGGGGAAAAACCGUAUACAUGCCUGGAGUGUGGGAAAAGCUUCACUAAGAGUUUCAGUCUUACUUCCCACCAAAGAAUCCACACAGGGGAGAAACCAUAUACAUGCCUGGAGUGUGGUAAAAGCUACAGGCAGAAUUCCACUCUGGCUUCCCAUGAAAGAAUUCACACAGGGGAAAAACCGUAUAAAUGCCUGGAGUGUGGGAAAAGCUUCAAUCGCAGUUCUAACCUUAGUGUCCAUCAGAAAAUUCACACUGGAGAGAAACCCUAUAAAUGCCUGGAGUGUGGUAAAAGCUUCAGUCAGAGUUCUGUUCUUACUACCCACCGAAGAAUUCACACAGGGGAGAAACCGUAUACAUGCCUGGAGUGUGGGAAAAGCUUCAGUCAGAGUUCACACCUUAGUGUCCAUCAGAAAAUUCACACUGGAGAGAAACCCUAUAAAUGCCUGGAGUGUGGGAAAGGUUUCAGUCAGAGUUUUGCUCUUACUACCCACCGAAGAAUUCACACAGGGGAGAAACCGUAUACAUGCCUGGAGUGUGGGAAAAGCUUCACUGACAGUUCCAGUCUUACUUCCCACCGAAGAGUUCACACAGGGGAAAAACCGUAUACAUGCCUGGAGUGUGGAAAAAGCUUCAAUCGCAGUUCUAACCUUCGUGACCAUCAGAAAAUUCACACUGGAGAGAAACCGUAUCCAUGCCUGGAGUGUGGGAAAAGCUUCAGUCAGAGUUCUACUCUUACUACCCACCGAAGAAUUCACACAGGGGAGAAACCGUAUCCAUGCCUGGAGUGUGGGAAAAGCUUCCCUGACAGUUCCAGUCUUACUUCCCACCGAAGAGUUCACACAGGGGAAAAACCGUAUACAUGCCUGGAGUGUGGAAAAAGCUUCAUUCGCAGUUCUAACCUUAGUGACCAUCAGAAAAUUCACACUGGAGAGAAACCGUAUUCAUGCCUGGAGUGUGGGAAAAGCUUCAGUCAGAGUUCUACUCUUACUACCCACCGAAGAAUUCACACAGGGGAGAAACCGUAUCCAUGCCUGGAGUGUGGGAAAAGCUUCACUGACAUUUCCAGUCUUACUUCCCACCGAAGAAUUCACAUAGGGGAGAAGCCUUACAAAUGCCUAAAGUGUGGAAAAAGCUUCACUCAAAGUUCCACUCUUACUUCUCACCAAAGAAUUCACACAGGGGAGAAACCAUAUACAUGUCUGGAGUGUGGUAAAAACUUCAGGCAGAAGUCAAACCUGACUUCCCACCAAAGGAUACACACAGAAACCAUAUAA